GCCGCGACGGAAGCCGGGGUUGUUGCCAUGGGUCUCGCGGAAGGGUGCGAAGAACUGUUGUCUGAAAUCGGUGCGAAUCGAUCCGUUCAGGAGAUUUCGGGUGUGUUGGGCAGCGUGGACGAUCUUUAACUGCGCUCAGAGGCUAUUACCGCUGGAGUGAUUAGACAGAAGGCCUGCCGCCUGUGGACGGAAUGACAUCGUUUGGCUGCUGGUGAAGGAGGCCCCUGGCUCAGGCAACAUCUGUUUUAUGAGUAAGAAAUUUGAGCAAUGAGGUGAUAUAAGGACGAGUGCCAGUUACCAGAGAUUCCUUAAAUUUUCUUAAAAGAUCAUCAGUUUACACAGUGACAAAAGACCAGAGUUGGAGAUGGGAACCAAAUGUUGUGCUUUCUCAUGUUCCCGCUCACUGGGGUAUACACUGAUGCUGGGUGCAUUGUAUGUCAUCCUCGGCUGCAGUCGGAUUCUCCUAAUGAAGUUUUCUGCCAAUGAUGAGAAUAAGUACAACUACCUACCAGCCACAGUGAAUGUAUGUGCAGAGACUGUAAAACUGGUAUUUUGUUGCAUUCUAGCACUACGAGUUAUAAUACAAGAGGGUCGGACUUGCCAGGAUUUAAAAUGUUCCUCUUGGCGCAGUGUUUUUCAACUUAUGAAAUGGUCUGUUCCAGCACUUCUCUACUUUGUGGAUAAUUUAAUUAUCUUCUAUGUGUUGGUCUACCUCCAGCCGGCAAUGGCAGUUUUGUUUUCGAAUUUUGUUAUUAUCACAACUGCUCUUCUGUUCAGAGUUGUUCUCAAGCGGCGCCUGUCCUCAGUGCAAUGGGCAUCACUGGUGAUUUUAUUCCUUUCCAUUGUGGCUCUUGUAUCAGGGACUGGAAAAGCACAAGACAGUGUAUCCAGGCACAUUUCGAAUCAUUACGUGCACUCCACUGCAUCAGAUAGCUGCUUCCCACUUGGGACAUCUCAGAUUAAAAAUGCACAACACCAGCUGAUCCAUCCCACAGCAACUCCAAAAUGGGAUACUAAUUCAUUCAAAGAACUUAACCUUGGUUUUGGCCACCUUUUUAUAAUUAUACAGUGUUUUGUUUCUUCAAUGGCUAAUAUUUAUAAUGAAAAAAUGCUGAAAGAAGGAGAUCAACUGACUGAAAGUAUUUUUAUUCAAAAUAGUAAACUGUACUUUUUUGGUGUUAUAUUCAAUGGAUUGAUAUUACUACUUCAAUCUGAAUCCCGUACCCACAUCCGAAAUUGUGGAUUUUUCUACGGACACAAUGUGUUUUCUGUGGCUUUAAUCUUUACUACAGCUGCCUUUGGACUAUCUGUGGCUUUUAUCCUGAAAUUCAGGGACAAUAUGUUUCAUGUCCUCACAGCCCAAAUAAUAACUGUUAUCAUUACUACAGUAUCCAUCUUUGAAUUUGAUUUUAAACCUUCACUGACUUUUUUGUUAGAAGUUCCUGUGGUAUUCCUGGCAAUAUUUAUCUACAAUUCCAGCAGGAUAAAGGAUCCAGUGUAUACGCUACAACAAGAGAGACUAAAGGUUAUAAAUGGUGAAAUUCUAGAACGUUCCAGUGGGGAUGGUGAGGAAUUGGAAAGAUUGACGAAACCAAACAAAGAUUCUGAAACAGAAGAAGAUUCCUUCUAGAAUAUCAAAUAAAACAAUGUAUUUGCUUCAUAAAUGAAUGAUCCUCAUGGGAUGUGUAUUAGGUACCUAAUUUCUUUGAUACGUCUGUUGUUCAGGAAAUGUGAUCCAUACCUCAUUUGCACUGGAGUUUAUUUUAAAAGUACUAAGAAUUCAUAUGGAUUUCACAUCAACAUUCCCAGCCUGGGUAGGAAAUAACACAGGAAUGACUAGUUUCCAGCUUGUCUGCUGGUUAGACUAACUAGGAAAACUAUAUGAUGAACUUGCAUUGACCUUAAUUUUGCGGAAGGAACAAUGUUGCUUAUUAUGCUUGUAACUGAUAUUGUUGGCAAUUGUAUGACAUCCUCUACACAAGCAAUCUGUGACGUGUGAGAAUAGGAAAAGCUAGGGAGUGUCACCUUAAUAAAUCAGACUGAACCUUGCUGAAAUAUACAGUGAAGGUCACUGGUCGGGAGCUUCAGAACUGAUGGGAGUAUAUAACAUCUGGGGAAAUUUAACUGUUAAUAACUUAGCUCUGUUCCCAGGAGGUAGAUUGAGAAGAAUUUUACAGGCUUUACCACAGGCUUUCAGCAGUUCCACCAAACAAGGAAGUCUUUAGAGAAAUUGUAAGUGCCUUUACACUAUUGCUUGUGGGAAGAAAGAUAAGAGAUGAUUUCUUUUGUCCUAACCCCCAAUUCUGUUCUCGGUGAUUAGACAACCUAUUUUCCAGUGAAGGCAAGCCAGUUAAUUUGACUGAUUUUGGGUAGGGAAUCUGACAAGUCCAAUAGAUAUGCUUUGGAGUUGGUCUUCAAAGCAUGCAAGGAACCACAACUACUAGGUCCAUUCCCUACCUCCAUUGCAAUACACAGUUUCAAAAACAAAAAUGGUUGCCGGAAUGAUCAAUGGAAAAUGUUUUAAUAAUUAAUUACUUUUUUAAAAAUUUCUGGUUUAAUUAGUUCGGCACGUCAUGAGUCCAGCGCUGUACAGUUCUGUGUUAAAUUUCCACCUAAGUUUAAAAUGUGAAUGAAUUCUUCAGAUUUGUAAACAAUUUCUCCAGCAAUAUUUAGUAAUUAAACUUAAUCACUAUUAGAUUUUCACUUAUACAUGCCCUUACCUCUUUCUGAUGUAUUUGAUAGCUUUUAAGGUAGAAAAGCUGUAGUUUUCUAGAGAUGCAACUAGCCAGGGGUUGGGGAUGAUGGUGGGAAUAUGCUCUCACUACCUAUUAUAUUCUCCUGGUGACAUGUGUCUCAAAUAACCUCUGACAAUCAAGUCCAGCUCCUGGCCUUCACGUGUGACUUAGUUACUAAGCCUGGAGGAACUGUUUCUACUGACAAGAGAAGGGGAAAAGGUGGUUACUGGGGCCUUAAAACCAGUUCUUUGGGCAGAUAGGGCUAAUCAGUUGUGGUUGGCAGCUCACCUAGGAGAAAGAAAACUGAUCUCAAACCUCUGCUGCCUUACAGCUAUACCCACUCAUGGGGCAGGCUUUAGAAGUAAACCCUAAGGAAAAUUCAGGAGCUGGAGUUCCUAAGGCAUUGAACUCAACAUUGGCUGGCAAUUCCCGUGAUGCCACUAGUGCCUAACUGUGUCAGUCUCUGCCACUCAUUUGGAUUCAUCACCUGCAUGGAGAGGGGUGGGGGUGGGGUGACUGUUGCAUGGGUAACAGCUUACUUUCCAUAUUGUACUGCCCUGGGUUGCGUUUUGACUACAUAGAUAGCUGGGAUGUUAUAUUCAUGGCCAAUCCCAACAAAUGGAUGCUUCACAGUAUAAUAUUUGGGUAAAAUUUGUGCAGGUCCAAGACACCUUGGAAAGGAACAUGCUGUUAUCCUUGCAUGUUACAGACAAGUAUACAGGUGAUUCUGUCUGAUGGAACCUGCAUAGUAUUUUAAUGCAAAAUCCAGGCCCCUACUUGUGUUCUCUUAGAACUACAGUUAAUCCAGCACAUAAAGUUAAUAGUAUUUCAAUUCAAUUCAUGAUUUAUUUACUUGCAAAUGAAUCCAUGAUCAAUAAAAAUUGAACUUUACAUGGUAAGCAAAUACUUUUCUGGAAUUUAUGCUAAGAAUUAACCUUAAGGAAUUAAACUGAGGAUUGUAAAAAAAAAAGUAGAAGUAACUUGAUUUUUAAGAAAAACAUGCAAACAGUCUUUAUUGUGUAUAGUCUAAAAUUAUUGCUCUUUAAGAAAAUACAGAGUGCUUUGAAUACCUUGCUAUAGAUGUUUUUAAUUAGUAUAAUUGUACUUAAUGUCUGAUACUAUGAGUUGAUGCAAAUGCUUCAUAUUGCAGACUUAAUAAAUAUGGCCAUUAACUUCUAGCCUUAGUCCAAUGAAAUCAUGUUACAAACAUUAGUAAUGUAGUAACUGAUGAAUCCAAAGCUUUUAAGUAUAAUAACUUCUAUAGUGCCUAUCAUUAACUGGGAAAGUCUAGAGACUUUACAACACUGAACUUUUUUCUUCAAUUCUAAUUUCUGUUGUAAUGUGUAACCAGAUUACUUGAUGUUAUGAUAUUGAGAAGGACAAAGAUAAUAACUUACCUACACUUAAUUGUAAUAGUGCUAUAGGAUGUGUCAUCCAGAAAACAUCGCUUCCGACACUGUAACAGUGCAAUAACAACCCAGAUACUUUGAACCUUCUGACUUUAGAAUAGCACUGACUAGUUGAUGCCAUCUUGAACCAUGACUGUAAAUUCUUUACAAAGAUUAAUACAGACAUCUUUUGUGGAUUGAGAAAGUGAUGAGCCACAGUUCCCUGCUAGCAGCAAACAGCUCACACUCACACUUCAAAAUGGUAAACUUUGAGGAAUCUCUCUGUUUCGAUUUGCUGCUGUGACCCAGGCCACUUUGAGGUAAUAUGAAUCAGCACGAUCCAAAUACUUUCAUGUGCAGUGGAUGGUGUAGAAUGAGACAUGACUGUGAAACACGUGGGGAUAAGGUGUUGACAGUUAGCUAGGGCAUACUGCUUAGGGUAGCCAGCUGUCAAACCUAUCUAAACAUUCUCUGAUUUUUGGCUUUUAGAAACAUUCACAUAGCUAUUAAUAAUGAAUCAAGCAAAAUAUUUUAAACAAUCAAACUCAAAGCAUCCAAGAACACAUCAAAUGCUAAAAUCCACUACAUGCAAAGUAAUGUAAAUUAUUUCAUACCUUACUUCCUACUAGCAGGCCCUCUGGAUUCUAACUCGGCGCAGAGCCAGGCAGAUUCCCUGGUGUAACUGCUGGAGAGCUGCUGCAACUUUGUGCUCUGCUGCUGUAUCCCAUUUAAAAAAUCUAACAUCAGAACACUGACUGGAAGUUGCUUCAGCUUUUUAUUUCACAUCAUGCGAGCAUGUAUUUUAAAGAGGUGAGAGACCUGAGAGGAAUGCAAUGGGAAUGAAGCGGUCCAUGCCUACAUUCAGCAUCAGAAAGAUGAUAUCUUAGCAUAGCCUGAUAAAUAUAAGUAACAUUUGUGCCACAAGAUUGCUAAGUAACAACCAUCUCCAACAAGGGGAGAUCUAACCACCUACCUUUAAUAUUCAACGGCAUUACCAUGGCCACCAUAAAUAUCCUGAGGGUCACCAUUUGAUCAGAAGCUCAACCCAAGUUGGAGGAUAAGUAUCCUGUAGCAAAUAAUAUACACCUUACCACCAUUUGCAAGGUAUAGGUGAACUGUGAACUUAAUCCAGAUAAGUGAAAUUCUUAACUUGGAAUUGUAUCGUCUGGGUCUAAAUCCUGGAACUCACUACCAAGAUCCUCAGUAGUACUUUCACUACAAGGUUUUUUAUGCUUGAAGAAGAUGGUUCACUGCUACCUUCUCAAGGUCAGAUUCUGAUGGCCAACAGUAUGGCUUGCAAUGCCCAGCUCUUCAGAGAUAAUUUUUGACAAUUCUGAACAAAAAUACUCUAGAUAAAGUAUGAUGCAAAAACAGGCAGUUGCCUAUUUAGGAAGCAAGAACAGAAAAGCAGAAAUAUUAAUUUGUGAAGUGAGAAAUCUACAUAUUCAUGUAUAAUAAUCAAAAGCUUAAUAUGCAAAUUCAGCUCUGUGUGUCCACAAUAUGCAAGAAUGAUAAAACCAUUCCCAUUCCCUUUUCCCUACUCCAAAUUGAAAAUCAUUACAAUGUAAAUAAAACCAAUAUAAUUCAUUAUCCAGGAUACCUUUAUCUCUUUUAUUCCAGAGGAUUAACCUUGUUGAUAAUUCAUAGCAUGAACAUUUUAUCAAAUACCUUUUAGAGUCCUAAAAUUUUAGAAUGCACUACAUCAAUGGAAUCUGUGAUCUUUUAUUACAUCAUUUUAAAAGAAGAAUAGCUGAACACAGCUUGUCUUUUACAAAUCCAUGCUGGUUUCCACCAAUUAUAUUUAUUCAAUGUUUAUGUUCGGUAGUCCUUUUUAGAAGUUUCCCUAUCACAGGGGUUAAGCUGAUUAGAUGGCAGUGGCUGAGUUAUCCUUAUGUAGUUAGACAGGCACAUGAACAAGCAAGGAUGUGCAGGCAGAAGGGAUUAGUUUAAAUUGGCAUCUUGGUGAGCUGAAGGGCCUGUCUCUGUGCCAUACUAUUCUCUGGUCUCUGUACCUUUGUGAAUAAAAAGCUAAUAGUUGGAAUUUUGGAAUCCUCCAAUCUUUUAAUUCUACCCCUAUUCAGAGAUGAUUAAAAGUUACUGGCAGAUUUCCAUCCUGACAUUUACUUGGUAAUCUGGAAUGCAUCCUAGCCAGAUCUGGUGGCUUACAUUCAGGUAGCUUUUUCAGUAUCUUUUAACCAACUUUUAGUUUUAUCUAACAUCUCAUUUGUCAUUUCCUGUGUCUAUUACCUUCUUUCUAUUUGCUACUGUGAACUUUCUGUACCUAUCCUAGUUCCUGUUUAUUAUCAAACUGACAUAGAACAUAAAACAAUACAGCACAGUACAGACCCUUCGGCCCACAAUGUGCCAACCUUUUAACCUACUCCCAAAUCAAUCUAACCCUAUUCUAUCUCCUUGUUUCACAUAUUUUCACCUUCAUCCAGUGAAGCGUGCCUUUGGCUGAUCUAGUUUACCUCUGCUAGGUAUUACCUAGAUUUUAAAAAUGCACUUCCACUUUGAGUGUGCUUUUGUAUUGCUUUCCAACCUUAGAUACAGUUUACCUCAGCUGCUAUGUUUUCAUCCAUUAAAAUUGCCCUUCUUUUAACUUGGGAAUGAUAUUGUUUUGGUUGUAUUUUUUACAUUUGACAUAAUUCUGAUAAAACAAUAAUGAUUCCUAACUAUUACUUCUACUGACAUUUGGUCCACAUGAUCAGAUCCAGAUCCAGCACCUCUCCCUUCCCUUUUAGGGCAGUUACAUACUGAUUAAUUGUCAUGAAUGUGUUUAAGAAAUCUUUACCUCUCAGCUCUUUAUAAUCUCAGUCUCUAUUACGUCCCUCAACAACUUCCACACAAAUUUGUCCAUCUAUAUCCUUCCUAGUAGUUGGUGGCCUAUAGGAAACACUAAGCAAAAUAAUAACAUCUCUAUUGUUUAUUAACGCUAACUGGAUUCUGCUAAACAUCCCUCAAGAAUAUCAAAACCCCUCCAGCAUUGAAAUAUUCUUCAUACAGUGAUCCCCAUUCAUCUCCUUUUUUCCCAUCUUUUCUGGACACUUUGACACUUUGCGGUGACUAGUGGGGUACCGCAAGGCUCAGUGCUGGGACCCCAGUUGUUUACAAUAUAUAUUAAUGACUUGGAUGAGGGAAUUAAAUGCAGCAUCUCCAAGUUUGCGGAUGACACGAAGCUGGGUGGCAGUGUUAGCAGUGAGGAGGAUGCUAAGAGGAUGCAGGGUGACUUGGAUAGGUUGGGUGAGU